UGUUUAUAUUUAACUGCAUUUUAAGUAAAUGAUUUAUAAGAACUAUGCUAAUUAAUAAAAUACGCGUUUUAAGGAGACUGGGCGUUCGUUUAAGCAGUUCGCAUUAUGUUACAACACCGAUUUUUUACGUAAACGCCGCACCACACAUAGGCCAUCUAUACUCGGCCGUUAUAGCAGAUGCUCAUUGUCGCUAUCGACGGCUGCUACAACCAGAUGAAAGUCGCAGCUCCGUGCGCCUUUGCACCGGCACGGAUGAGCAUGGCACAAAGAUUCAACAGGCGGCUGCAGCGAAUAAUGCGCCGGUGGCUCAGUAUUGCGACGAUAUAUCUGAACGCUAUCGUAACGUUUUCAAGACGGCGCAUAUAGCCCACGAUGAUUUCAUACGCACCACUGAGCAGCGGCAUAAAAAGGCUGUGGCGCACUUUUGGCGCACUCUGGAAUCACGUGGGCAUAUAUAUUCAGCUGCCUACAGUGGUUGGUACUGCGUGUCCGAUGAAACGUUUCUAACAGACUCGCAGCUACGGCUGGACGAAACUACAGGGACGCGCUACUCGCUUGAGUCAGGCCAUCCUGUCGAAUGGACCGAGGAGACAAAUUACAUGUUCCGCUUGUCCCGUUUUCAAGAUGACGUGCGCCAUUGGGUGAAACAGGAAGGUCGCAUUCGACCGAUAAAAUUUGAAAAGAUUUUGCUCGAUACUCUUAGUGAACAACUACCGGAUGUGUCGGUAUCGCGUCCCUCGAGUCGCGUGCAUUGGGCCAUACCUGUGCCGGAUGAUGAGACGCAAACCGUAUACGUGUGGCUUGAUGCGCUGAUCAAUUACCUCAGCUCUGUAGGCUAUCCAGAUGAGCAGUAUCGUGUGCACUGGCCACCUGCCCAGCAAAUUAUUGGCAAAGAUAUACUGAAAUUUCAUGGCAUUUACUGGCCUGCCUUUCUGAUUGCCGCUGGCCUGCCACCCCCUCGCCAGCUUUACGUGCACUCACACUGGACCGUCGACGGUCAAAAGAUGUCGAAGAGUAAACACAAUGUAGUAGAUCCAGUGGAGGCGGCUAAGCAGUAUACGAUGGAGGGUCUGCGAUAUUUUCUGCUGCGAGAAGGCGUGGCCCACAGUGAUGGCAAUUAUAGCCAUGUAAAGGCGUUGCGAAUACUUAACUCAGAGCUGGCUGACACUCUGGGUAAUCUACUAUCGCGUGCCUGUGCCAAGUCCCUGAAUCCGGCACAAAUUUAUCCCGCAAUACAUGCCGAGCACUUGGCGCACCUAUUGAAACACUUGGAGGCGGCUCAGAAGCUGCAGGCGGCAUUACUUCAACUAGCAGAGCGCUGCGCAGAGCACUAUGAAGAAAAUCACUUCCACUUGGUGGCUGACACGGUCAUUUCUACUCUGCAUGCGGCCAAUAAUUUCUUUGAGUGCGCGCGUCCAUGGGAACUGAAAGUGGGCGCUCGAGCUGCCAAUCCGGCUCAGCUGGAAACGAUAAUCGGCAUAACAAUGGAUGCGUUGCGGCUGUGCGGUAUUGUGCUGCAGCCCCUGGUGCCGCAGCUAAGCGCACGGCUGCUCGAUAAGCUAAGUGUACCAAAUACUCAGCGUAGCUGGCGCAACUUAAGCGACAACUUUGCCACGGGAAAUUCAGUUGUCGUUCAACGGAAAAGUGAAGCGCUGGAUGCAGCCACAAGUGCGCUGCUAUUUCAGCGCAUUCUGGAGGAGAAGGAGCCGAAGCUACCGGAACAGUCACAGCCACAGUCACAGUCAUCCAAGCAAACGAAGCGCAAGAAAGUUAACAAGCAGCAUCAGCAGCAGCAGCAGGCAGAGAAGGAGCAGGGGGAGCAAGGGGAGCAGGGCAAGCGUCUGGCAUCCUGAAGUGUUCCAACUUGUCACGCCUGACUGGCACGUAGCUGCAAUAAAAUGAUCUGAACUCAACUCAACUCAAGUCAGCUCAAACCAAGUCGACA